AUGCAACUUUCAAUCGAAGCGAUCUGGGAUAACAAAGCACUUGUGAUGGAACUCCUCAAGUGCCCCCCUGUCCCUUCUGUCCGACGAUCGAUCUUCGAGCCGGCAGCGCAAUUCAUUGACCCUGCUUUCGGGUUUGCCAUGGACUGGGUAUACUUCUACUUCUCGGUCUUCAAGCCUUUUGAUGUGCAGGGAUUCGUGACCUCGUAUUUCGGACUGGCUUUCUGGGCAGUUAUGUUCGUGUUUUGGAAGGUGUAUCAUCGUACGAAAUUCGUCAUUUCGACCGAAGCGGACUUGUAUUCUGGAAAGGCUGAAGUUGACGAGGAAUGCAAAUUCUGGGAAGAUGGUGGAUGGGAGGAGAGGAGGAAGGCUGAGCUGAUGCAAAUGUACUGA